AUGAAGGCACUUAACUUGGCUACAGAAUUUGAGAUGCAAAGCAUGAAGGAGACAAAAACUAUCAAAAGUUAUGCUGACAAACAGUUGAGCAUUGCAAACAAGGUACGUCUCCUCGGUAAGGAUUUUCCUAACGAAAGGAUAGUGCAAAAAAUAGUUGUUACUAUACCUGAAAAAUAUGAAUCCAAAAUAUCAGCAUUAGAGGAGUCAAAAGAAUUGUCAAAUAUCACCCUUGGAGAAUUGGUAAAUGCUUUACAGGCACAGGAACAUAGGAGAAUGAUGAGACAUGGGGUGGCAAUACAAGGUGCUUUUCAUAUAAAAGCACAAAACAUAGGAGGAGGCAAAGAUAAGAAGAACAACUAA